AUGUACAAUGAGCUGGGCAUUCACGAGCGUGCCAAAGCUGACAUGAUGGUUGGCUGCGGUUGGCACAUGCUGGGUCAGGACGAUAAGGCCUUCGACCCCUUGAUGAGAGCUGUUGCCUCCGAUGGUUGCAUGUCCGCAAGUGACCAGUUGUCUGCCAUUUUGGUCGUCAUGCCUCUUCUUCGGAAAAAGUGCCAGUGGCGACAAAUUAUUGAAGCAGGCGACAAAGCGCGCAAGCUGGCAGCUGGAGUUUGGGUUGAUCCUGUGCUGCCAUUCCUCAAAGGGAUGGCACUGGAAAGACUAAAGUGUACGGAACAGGCGGCAAACCACUUGGAAGAAUCCAUUGCCAUGAAGCCCGGUUUCAGACAGGCCCACUUGGAGUUUCAGCAAGCAGCCUCCGAGCUAGAUGAUGUGGAGAGAUGCAGGAGGGUUGCCCAACUACUGGUCGAUCAAGGUGGCUACUGGGUCAACUGCCUCCAGCGUCCUUUGCACUUUACCAGCAAUCCCAAGGUCAGGUCGCAGCCAUGGUACGACCCGCAGCUGUUCGAGCUGGUUCAUGCCCUGGAGAAGAAUUUCCAUGCCAUCAGGGGUGAGCUGGAAGCGUUCAACAAGAGCAGGUGGAGCAGCGUGGGCUCCGCACACAGGGGCAAUGAAAAUUCGCGGCAUGAUGCAGACCUCGUAUCUACAGGUGAGUGGAGAGAGGUGGUUUUGUUGGGUGACUCAGAUGAGUGCGAGGAAAAUUGCCGGGAAUGCCCAAUGACUGCUGAACUGCUCCGGAGCUUCUCAGAGGUAUCCCAAUGUGCAGAGAUGAGGCUGGGAGAGUCACUAUUCUCACAGCUUUUACCAGGAACAAGAUUGCGAAGUCACUGUGGGCCAUCUAACUUGCGGCUGACCUGCCAUUUGGGAAUUCGCAUACCUUCUGGUUGUAAGAUUGUGUGUGGUGGUGAGCCAUGCUGCUGGGAGGAAGGCAAAUGCAUUGUCUUCGAUGACUCCUUCGAGCACGAGGUUUUGCACGAAGGAGACGAAGCUCGAACUGUUCUUCUGGUCAACUUCUGGCAUCCAGAUGUGCCACCGGAAAUGCGCCAUGGUUUGAUGAGCGCUGCCCGGAGUCCUCAUGACCUGGCAGCCUAG